ACCACCUGAAAUUUGGAGGAAAUGCCUGCUAUAGCAACCGCUCGUGCAGUGUGCGUCGUGGUGGUGAAACCCACCUACGCCACCAGACCCACCCCUCAUCGCCCGAGCCUGCACAGCUUCAAGGCAGCGGCCCAGCAGCAGCAGCAGCAGCAGCAGCAGCAGGGCAGGCGACUUGCAGUGUGCCGAGCGAGUGCAACAGUGGCACAGGUGCAGGCGGAAGCCAAGCAGGAGUUUUAUGAGGUGACCCUGAGCAAGCCGCUGGGCAUCAAGUUUGCGCGUGGCAACGACGGCGGCGCGUAUGUUUCGCGCACCGACCCCACGCUGGGCAACACUGAUGCCAGGAUUGAGGCGGGCGACAAGGUGGUGAAAGUUAGCGCAUCCUUUGGCGGGGAUGUGUGGGAAGCCAUCAACUUUGGCCAGGUGAUCUACGCCAUCAAGACCCGCAACGGCGACGUGUACAUGCAGCUCAAGCGCAACUACGGUGACCUGAGCGCAUUGGAGCAGGACGAGCUGACCGAGGCCGAGAAGAUAUUCAAGUCUGAGCGGGGCGGCGGCAACUAUGGCGCAGGCACCAAGGAGAUGCAGGAGCGCAACUACAUUGCGCGCAAGGAGGCCGAGCGCCAGCGCCGUGAGAUGUUUGAUGAUGCCCUUGCCAAGUUCAAGAAGGGCAAGGUUGAGGAGGCACUGAUUGACUUUGAGAACGUGCUGUCCCUGGAGCCUAAGAAUUACCUUGGCGACGAUUUCUCGCGUGUCACCCAGAUCUACCGCGUCACUCAAUACAAUAUCGCAUGCUGCUACAGUAUGCUGGGCCAGGAGGAGUCUGGGCUGGAAGCUCUGAAUGCCGCGAUGGCCUCGGGCUUUGAGGAUUACGACAAGGUGCGCAAGGACCCCAACCUUGGCAACCUGCGCAAGAGCCCCAAGUUCCAGCCGCUCCUGAACAGGUAUGACGAGCCCAUCCUGAACGAGGGCGCUAUCAAGGCCUUCAAGAGCAUCUUCUCGUUUGGCAAGUCGCAAAAUGAUGAUCUGUGAAGCUUGAAAACGCCCGAUUGCAUUUCAUGCCUCUAUUUUGUUCAAGUUUGUAUUAAUUGCAUUGGAGUUCAGCAACGGUGCAAUGAUUGUCCGGGUGGCAUUAUGCGGUGGUACAGCCAGCCCGUGACAUGUGUGCAUGAUGGCAGUCGCUCAGACAAGGCAGUCGUCUCAGCAGAACAUGCAUUUUUAUGCUUCCAAUUUCCAAGCUGCACUCCAAUGAUGAUCGAUCCAUGCCCCUCCAAUUUAUGGCAAUAUUACAUGUGC